AUGGCUUCAUUUCUUCCUCCGGCGGAAGGUCUCCUGCCGAAAUGGCUCCUCUUCAUCUCCGUCGUCUCGAUCGCCAACAGCGUCCAAGCCUACGUCUCCCUCAAAGGCACACGUGAGGUCUACGCGGGCUCAGCACCGCAGUCUAUGCCGAAGGAUAUUCCGAAACGCACAGUCGUGGCACAGGAAUCUUCCAGCCCGGUCACGCCUCUCUCCGCUCGCACGUUUGGCACCUGGACUGCGCUCAGCAGCAUCAUCAGGCUGUACGGAGCCUACAACAUCCACGACAAGCUGGUUUACGAGUUGUGCAUCUGGACCUAUCUGAUCGCCUUUGCGCAUUUCUCGAGCGAGCUGUUCUUCUUCAAGUCCGCGAGGGUUGGACGCGGGAUUGCUGCGCCCAUGGCAGUGGCGACAGGUACAUUGACGUGGAUGCUGCUGCAGUGGGGAGCGUAUGUCAAAUAA